AUGCCUGAAGAGCACGACGUUCUUAUCUGCGGCAGCGGCUUAGCUGGUCUCUGCGCAGCAGUCUGGCUAGCCCGAUGCGGCAUCAACUUCAAGAUCCUUGAGCGGCGCGAAGGUCCCCUCAAGCAAGGUCAGGCAGACGGUGUUCAAGUUCGCACAGUCGAAAUCCUUGAACACCUAGGCCUCUCCGAGGACGUCUUGAAGGAAGCUUACCACGUUCUCGAACUUGCGUUCUGGUCGCCCGACGGCAAGGGCGGAAUUCGUAGGUCACAUCUCGAGCCAGACACCGAGCCUGGUCUCAGCCAUCUACCCCAUGUGAUUCUGAACCAGGCACGCAUCAAUGAGAUUUUGAUCGAGGAUAUUGUGAAGUCUUCUGGUAAAUCACACAUCCAGUAUGGAAGUGAUAUACGUGAAGUUGUUGUCGAUAGUGAAGCUGCGGGAAAUCCAGAUGCCCGCUGCGUGACUGUGAAGACAAUGGAGAAUGGCGUUGAGCGCACGUAUCAUGCCAAGUAUGCUUUGGGAUGCGACGGAGCCCAUAGUGCGGUCAGAAAGUCCCUCGGCUUCAAGAUGGUGGGCGACAGCAGUGACGUGGUCUGGGCUGUCAUGGACAUCUACCCUAGGACCGACUUUCCCGAUAUUCGGAAGAAAAGCGUCAUUCAGUCUGACUCGGGCAAUUUGGUCAUCAUUCCACGAGAAGGCGACGAGAUGGUUAGGUUCUACAUGGAAAUGCCAGUCUCAACUCCAGGGGAAGUCACACCUGAGAGAGUCAAAGAACGCAUCGAUGGCAUUUUUAAGCCUUACCAAGUCGAAAUAGCCGAGACAUCCUGGUUCUCUGCAUACUCCAUCGGGCAACGGCUUGCGGACCAUUUCACGAAAGAUCAUCGAGUUUUCCUUACUGGCGACGCCUGCCACACACAUUCGCCUAAGGCUGGACAAGGAAUGAAUGUCAGUCUUCAAGAUGGGUACAACAUUGGAUGGAAACUCGCCGCAGUCCUCCGAAAGCACGUCCAUCCCUCAAUAUUGGAGACGUACGUCUCUGAACGCCACCAGACCGCCAAGGGCCUCAUCGACUUUGACAGGCAAUUUGCAAAGAUGUUUUCUUCGGCGUACCGGAAAGAAAAUGGGUACACUACUGAAGACUUCCAAGAUUACUUUAUCAAAUCGGGCAGAUACACUGCUGGUCUAGCCACGCAAUAUCAGCCGUCAAUGCUCGUGAGGCCUGGUCACAAGGAUAGCCUGGCGUCUGGUGUCAGCGUGGGAAUGAGGUUCCAAAGCGCGCAAGUCGUUCGCUUCUCUGAUGCCAAAGCGAUGCAACUUUCGCAUGCUCUACGCGCGGACUCGAGAUGGUCUUUGGUCGUCUUCCCUGGCGAUAUUUUGCAGGCUCAAGCAGCGAAAUGCUUAUUCCAGGUCGCAAAAUCGCUUGAAGUAUCGAUGAAACAGCUUCCGACACUUCAAAAUGAUAUCCACAGCUUCUUGAAUCUGGUUUUGGUGCUCAAUUCUGACCGACAAAAAUUGGAAGAUCGUCAUAUACCACGGCUGUUUACCCCUAACGCAGGAAGGUGGGGGGUCAAGUGCCUGCAAAAUGUUUUCGUUGAUGAUGUCAGUUACCAUGCAGGCCACGGAGAAGCAUAUGUAAAAUAUGGCAUUGACCCGGAGGUUGGCGCGAUGGUGCUCGUCCGACCAGAUCAGUAUGUUGCUGGCACAUUCGACUUUGCAACCGUCGAGGAUAUCUUUGGAUUUUUCAAAGGCUUCACGACGCACGCAACGAAUGGAUUCCACCAAUAA